CCAAAAUUCAACGACAACCGAGCGCCCCGCGCGCAUCCGUGCCAUGAGACUUCAGCGCCUGGCUGCUGCGCCACUCGCCGCCGCGGCCUCCGGGCUUUUGCAGGAAAGACGGCAAGCAAGAUGUUGGAUCUUUAAUUCCCCAGCACCUGCAGCACCUGAGGCCAGCUCUUUGCAUCGCCUUUGGCUUUAUGCUGAGAAGCCGUUCUUUUUGCUUGAUGUGUCCAGGGAUUUUUCAUAAAGCGAUUUGAAGAACCAAAAGAACGACGAUAAAUGCAUCAUUCACGUGUUUCUUAUAUAUAUAGUCCUGGGCAUUGGAAGAGCAACAUCUUCGAACUCCACAGAGCUCAGAGGUGAUUUGUGGGCAGAAUUUGGUGUGAAACGUGCCUCACUGAAGCUUGGUGGAGAUCUUCAGCUUGAAGCAUUGCCAUUUGCCUUUCGACCUGGAAAGGACGAGGAUUUACAAAGGAUCCGAAAUAUGACUGGAGAGUGCAUCGACCACAAGGAAAAUCCUGGCCUGCGCGUUGAGCCAAAUUUCAUUGAUGAAAGAGAGGAGCAGGAGCUUGCCAAAGAACUCCGAGAGGUUAUAAGAAAGUAUGGUUUCUGCUUCGAAGCAGAAAUGGUUCACAUGCAGCUGAUGGACGCGAAAGGAAGCACCCAAGACAUUGGCCAGAAUCGAUCCCAGCGAGCGACCGGGCGGCCUGAAUCGCGUGACGAUCAAGUUGGGAUCGUGGCACCUUGGGGAUAUGGGGCUGACCUCGACACAGCCCAGCUGCCCAAGAUGGUGCGCAAGAUAGUGCAGCGAUUGACUGAGAAAGGCUACAGACUUGGCCCCUUGAGAGAUUGCACCAUUAAUCACCGCACUGGGUCUUUCUUCAUGAUUCAUCCUCAUGUAGAUCCACUCACAGAUGGCCCUCAUGUCUUUGUUCUGGGGAUCCUAAGUGGCGCAGUGCUGACCUUCACACCAGAUGGAGUCGCAGGUCGAAGAGGUGUCGAAGUGGAGCAAAAGUCUUGGACCGACGACGAUUUGGAUGUCCUGAUCCGACGCCGCAGCAUUGCAGCAUUCACUGGCGAUGCACGCUACCAUUGGCGGCAUGGGAUUCGUGCUGGCAUGGAGCUGAAGGCACCCGAGUUAGGUGCCCAUCCCGUGGUUUGCGACUUUUGGGGCUCUAUGAAGUACAUUUUGCCGCGGAAGGAGGAGCGGUUUUCUUUGGUCCUGGCUUUCGCUGAUGCGUGAUGUUGACGCAACUUGGCAGAUGUCCACCAAAAUGGAGGAUACGUGUAAAUACUGAACUGUAGGUUGGCCGGCACGAGAUCAUUCAGUGGAGAAAAACACGCGGAUUGACAAGCAAGGGAUGGUUCUCGGCAAUGGCAGAGCUGCCGUCCUGAAGCAUCGGCCAACAAGACUCAACAUUGACAUCAUUCAUACGGCAGUGAC